AUGUCGCUGGUGGACGACGGCUUCGAGGCUCUCUUGGAGCCUUUUUACAACGGCAAGAAGCUUACCGAUCCGGUGAAUACCAGGGACGACAAGUUCCAGCUUCUGCCCGCCUUCCUCAAAGUGAAGGGGCUUGUAAAGCAACACAUCGACUCGUACAACUUCUUCGUGGAGCAGGAGAUCAAGGAUAUCGUUCGCGCCAACCGUACCAUUCGCAGCGACGUCGAUAGCAACUUUUGGUUAGAAUUCACAGACAUCCGUGUCGAUCGCCCUCGUCGCCAGGACCAUAAUGACGCCAAAUCCCGAUCCGAGGUGACUCCCAUGGAGUGUCGACUACGGGACAUGACCUACGCCGCCCCCAUUGUUGUCGACAUCGCCUACAUUCGAGACAAGCAGCGAAUUAUUCGGAAAAAUGUGCCUCUGGGUCGCAUGCCUGUGAUGCUGAAAAGCUCCAGGUGCCGUCUGAGCGGUGCCACCAACGCGCAAAUGGAGGCCAUGAACGAGUGUCCCCUUGACCCAGGCGGCUACUUCGUCAUCAACGGUACGGAAAAGGUCAUUCUGAUUCAGGAGCAGUUGAGCAAAAAUCGAGUCAUUGUCGAGGCCGAUGAAAAGAACAACGUCAUAUCCGCGUCGGUGACUAGCUCAACCCACGAACGCAAGUCAAAAACAUACGUUACCCUCAAGAAGGACAGGAUUGUCAUGACACACAAUGUCCUGGUCGAAGGUAUUCCGAUUGUCAUUAUUCUCAAAGCUCUAGGGAGCUUGUCCGACUACGAGAUUAUGCAACUUGUUGCUGGCUCCGACGGUCGAUAUCAAGAUGAAUUCGUCAUCAAUUUCGACGAGGCGACCAGAGCUGGCGUCUAUACACAACACCAGGCUCUCGAGUACAUCGGCUCGAGGGUCAAGAUGGGAUCUCGCAGAGCCAUUUUUGGACCGCAGGUCCGUCGCAACAACGUUGAAGAAGGCCUUGAUGCCCUCGCCAACCUCAUCAUUGCCCAUGUUCCUAUUGAGGGCUUGGACUUCUAUCCUAAAGCGAUCUACGUGGCGAUGAUGACUCGACGAGUCUUGAUGGCUUCACAGGAUUCCAAGCUCGUUGACGACAGGGACUUUGUCGGUAACAAGCGGUUGGAGUUGGCGGGCCAGCUCCUGUCUCUCCUGUUUGAAGAUCUUUUCAAGCGAUUCAUGGGCGAAGUCAAGAUGUCCAUUGACAAAUUCCUGAAAAAGAAUAAUCGUGCCGUCCCCCUUGAUGCAGUUCACAUGAUCAGCAAUCAUGCCAAUAAUAUUGGAAUGGGAAUCAACCGCGCAAUCCAGACCGGCAACUGGACCGUGAAGCGAUUCAACAUGAACAGAGCCGGUGUCACGCACGUACUGAGUCGACUCAGCUACAUCAGUGCCCUGGGCAUGAUGACCCGAAUCAGCUCCCAGUUUGAGAAGACGCGCAAGGUUUCCGGCCCCCGUGCUCUUCAGCCAUCACAAUGGGGCAUGCUGUGCCCCUCAGACACCCCCGAAGGGGAAGCCUGCGGUUUGGUCAAGAACUUGGCUCUCAUGACACAUAUUACGACCAAUGUCGACGAGGCGCCGGUGAAGCGGUGGAUAUUCACAAUAGACACAGGCGUUGAGCCUAUUCGAAACUUUUCAGGUGCCGAAAUGCACCGGGAAGGCUCUUGGGUCAUUCACGUCAACGGAACCCCUUUUGCUCUCACUCGGUACCCCAAGAGGUUUGCCUCGAGAUUCCGCACCAUGCGUCGACGAGGCUGGAUAUCACCAUUCGUAAGCAUAAAUCUCAACUCCCACUUUAAUGCUGUCCACAUCGCGACGGAUGAAGGGCGCAUCUGCCGACCGUAUAUUAUUGUCAAGAACGGAACGCAAAAGCUCAAGAACGAGCACCUAAAGCUGUUGCAAUUGGGAAAAGUUUCAUUUGAUGACUUUUUGACAAGAGGCGUUGUCGAGUACUUGGAUGUCAACGAGGAACAGGACGCGCUCGUCACUCUUUAUGAAAGUCAAAUAACACAGAGCACGACUCAUUUGGAAAUCGAGCCAUUCACCCUUCUCGGAGCUGUGGCCGGUUUGAUUCCAUUUCCGCAUCAUAACCAAUCUCCCAGAAACACCUACCAAUGUGCCAUGGGUAAGCAGGCCAUUGGAGCCAUUGCGUACAAUCAAUUCAAUCGCAUUGAUACACUGCUUUAUACUCUGGUUUAUCCACAGCGGCCCAUGGUCACAACCAAGACCAUUCAGCUUGUACACUAUGAUAAGCUCCCGGCGGGCCAGAAUGCUACAGUCGUUGUCAUGUCGUACUCUGGGUACGACAUUGAAGAUGCUCUGGUUUUGAACAAGGCUUCAAUUGACCGAGGAUUCGGGCGAUGCCAAGUCUUCCGCAAGUACACUACAGAGCUGCAGAAGUACCCGAACGGUAGACGGGAGCGUAUUGGCGACCCAGUCAAUCAGAUGAAUGGCAGCACGACGCGCCGCGAGGAGAAAUACGAGGCUCUAGAUGAUGACGGACUAGCCACUGUUGGCUACCGAGUCAAGAGCGGAGAGGUCAUGGUCAAGAAAGAAACUCCCCUGGACCUGACGACGACAGGUAUCGGUCUUGACCGCGGACCAAGCGAGUAUCGUGACUCUGCCAUCUCCUAUCGAAUCCCCGACCCUGCCUAUAUAGACAAGGUGAUGAUUUCUCAAACAGAAAAGGAUACCACCGUGAUCAAAGUACAAACCCGGCAGACUCGUCGUCCAGAACUUGGAGACAAGUUUUCGUCUCGCCACGGUCAGAAGGGUGUCGUUGGUAUCAUCGUGGACCAGGAAGAUAUGCCCUUUGCCGACAACGGCCUUUGCCCCGACAUCAUUAUGAACCCUCACGGUUUCCCGUCUCGCAUGACGGUAGGUAAGCUGCUAGAGUGCUUGACAGGCAAGGCUUCCAUUAUCGAUGGCCGGCCGGACUAUGGAUUUGGCGAUGCCUUCAGAUCCCAUCCAGUCAAGGACAUGAGCCAGGUGCUCCUCGACUACGGCUUCUCCUGGGAGGGCAAAGAUUACUUCACGUCAGGCCUGACAGGAGAGCCACUGGAGGCAUACAUCUUCAACGGCCCCAUCUACUACCAGCGUUUGAAGCACAUGGUCCAAGACAAGAUGCACUCUCGAUCCCGCGGCCCCAGGGCCAUCUUGACGAGACAGCCUACAGAGGGUCGAUCGCGCGACGGUGGACUGCGUCUUGGAGAAAUGGAGCGGGAUUGUCUCAUUGCGUACGGCGCCUCACAGCUCCUUUUAGAGCGUCUCAUGCUGAGCUCGGACGGUGUUACUCUCGAUAUCUGCCAGCAGUGCGGUCUCUUUGGAUACAAGGGCUACUGCAACACUUGUAAGAGCACGAGAGACGUCACGCAGAUGCAGAUGCCGUAUGCGGCGAAGCUGCUUGUUCAGGAACUGAUUAGCAUGAAUGUUGGCGUGCGUCUUCAGUUGGAAGACGAGUUUCCUCACCCCCAAUGA